AUGCUAGAUCUGAUACGAAUCAUGUGUCAAGAGCAUUACAUGGGCUUCAUGGUCAACCAAAUUGCGCAGUUUGUAGAACAAGCCGAUAAAGCAAUCAAGCCUCAAGAAGUUGGUUUUGAUGUUUCGAGCAAUGCUGAGUAUGUGUUAUCUCAAGUCGAUGCCACAGAGCUAAUGCUAAUUGGCAACUCAGCAGCAGAAAUGUCAAGAAUCAGUGGUAAUCGAUCAAGAAAUACGAACCAACCGAUCCUGCAAUUCUUCCAUCCUUGGGGCUUGCAGGUGGCCAACGAAGUACGUGAUCCCCGCGAAGCAGAAUGGAGAGGGUUAUUAUCUGAAAUUGGUCCUAUACUUGAAAGAGCAAUGAGAGUUGUUAGGUAUGUGAAUCGCAAUGUUUACAAGGGCCCCAUUACAUACUCAUCUUCAGAUGCAUGCAAAAUACAACUGGUAACAUCGUGGAGGGACCUUUGA